AUGGCCGACUCCACGCCUGAAACAGUGGUGCCCAUCCGCGACUCAGAAAAACAAGCGGCCACAGAACAGGAGAUCAACCCGUGGGAUGUCCAGGCCGCACACGAUGAGCAGGGAAACGUCCUAGCUUUUGACUACGUGGCUAUUUCACAGAAAUGGGCCACCAAGCUCAUAGAUAAUGACCUCCUUGAGCGCUUCGAGCGUCUGACGGGCCACAAGCCACACCGCUGGUUGAGGCGCGGCCUCUUCUUUUCACAUCGAGACUUUGAGAAGAUUCUCGACAGGUACGAGGCUGGCGAGCCAUUCUUUAUGUAUACGGGGAGGGGGCCAUCGAGUGAGGCUCUGCAUCUAGGCCAUACGAUCCCGUUCUCCUUUACAAAAUGGCUACACGACGUAUUCGACGUCCCACUAGGCAAAGAUGACGAGAAGGCGCUUUUCAAGGACAACCUCACCUUUGAGGAUACGUACAAGUUUGGGCUACAAAACGCAAAAGAUAUCAUUGCCUGUGGAUUUGACCCGAAGAAGACGUUCAUCUUUAGUGAUUUGGAGUACGUCAAGGGGCAUAUGUUGAUGAAUGUCUGGGAAUUCUCCAAGCUUAUAACAUUCAACCAAGUGCGAGGCGCAUUUGGGUUUAAUGAAAGCACCAAUAUCGGCCGGAUAAUGUUUCCAGCUGUACAAUGUGUGGCAGCAUUCGCGACCUCGUACCCAGAGAUCUGGUCCGAUACUCCACCAGCAGACCGGACAAAAGCCAUAGCCAAAAUCCCAUGUUUAAUCCCGAUGGCUAUUGAUCAAGACCCAUAUUUCCGGCUCGUACGUGAUAACGCUCACCGCAUGCGAUACCCGUCGCCAAAACCAGCUUUGAUACAUUCCAAAUUCCUGACCGCACUACAAGGUGCUGGUGGCAAAAUGAGCGCAAGCGAUCCAAAUUCUGCAAUCUUUAUGACCGAUACGCCAAACCAAAUCAAGAAAAAAAUCAACAGACACGCGUUCAGCGGAGGAAGAGAUACUAUAGAAGAGCACCGUGAACUGGGGGGGAACCCCGAUGUAGACGUCUCAUUCCAAUACCUUUCAUAUUUCGAAGAAGAUGAUGAGAAACUCAACCAAAUUGAAGAGAGCUACCGAAAAGGUGAGCUGCUUACAGGAGAGCUGAAAGCUAUGGCCAUCACGCUACUGCAAGAAUAUGUCAAGGAUUUCCAGGAACGGAGAAAGCAAGUCACGGAUGAAGUCUUGAAGCAAUUUAUGACACCUCGCAAACUUGAAUGGAAGGGCAACCCAAACCCGAAACCAAAGCCUGAAGGAAAAGGGCCUAAAUGA